GCUAGCCUUGGCUAAUUUCAUUAGCAUAACUUUUACAUUUGAAACACAGUUGACGCUGUUUACCGUUUACUUUCCUAUUCAGAAUUAACUCGCGUACAACACCCAAGGUUCGAACUAUCUGUGCGUAUGUUCCGUGGCCGCGGACUGGAGCUCGUUUACAUCACAGUCCACUGGGUCCAACACCGAACAGUGGGAGCUCUGUCUCGGCUGAUCCUGGUUCCUGCUGGAUCACAGCCGCCGGGGCGGUCGCUGGGGGGAAGCGCCUUUGGUGAGGAAACGCUCGGCCAGCAAGGAGAAGCGCAGCUCUUCCCUGCAACCUGAGGACUCGGUGAGUUUCUCCGCUCCAACCGGGACGGUUAUUCGACAUGUUUACGCUACUGUGUCGCGAGUUAAGUGGAGGUUACUGCUUCCACAUCGUAAAUAUUGCAAGGUACGUCGUUGGCAGAAGUUUUCCUUUUUUCUUUAAGCUUCUUUUUCUUCUUUACUUUUUCCUAGUCAUGUUUACUCUUAGAAAAUACGGUGCUUUAUAAUACACACGCACGCGCACACACAAAAUACAGGUGCAUUAUGCAGAGCGGCUUCCUGUUGCCAAUGAAAACAACUUGUCAAACACUGUUACAAAUGCAUGUCUGGGUAAGUGAAGGUUUCAAGUCUGCAGUGAUGACUGAGCAGCUGCUUCACCUGCUGACCAGCGCCCGGGUGUGAGGGCAGCGAUGGGCCGGAGGCUGGAUCUGUCCGGUCUGACGGACCAGGAGGCGCAGCAUGUGCUGCAGGUGGUGCAGAGAGACAUGCGGCUGCGCAAGACCGAGGAGGAGCGGCUCAGUGAACUGAAGCAGGAGCUGGACGAUGAGGGCAGUCGCUGUGUCCUGCUGUCACGGCAGCGCUGCUUCAACCAGCGCUGCUGCAUCCGCUGCUGUGCCCCCUUCACCUUACUGCUCAACCCCAGACGCCAGUGCUGCGACUGCCGCUACAACGUGUGCAAGGCCUGCCGGAUCUACAGCAAGCCGGACCGAGCCUGGAUCUGCGCCUCCUGCCAGAAGAGCCGCUUUUUGAAGACUCAGUCCCUGGAGUGGUUUUACAGCAACGUGAAGCGGCGCUUCAAGAGGUUCGGCAGCGCCAAAGUGCUCAAGACUCUUUACAGGAAGCACUUGGUGGAGCACAGCGCCCUCGCGGAGCUGACGGAGGGCAGUGCCUACGAGGAGAGUCUCUACAAUGAAGGCAGCAUCUGUGGCAGCGACUCCACCUUCUACAGACAGACUGAAGAGCACAACAUGGCGGAGACUCACUCCGUGGCCCUGCGAGUGGCGGAGGAAGCCAUAGAGGAGGCCAUUUCCAACGCGGAGUUCCAGCCGGCGAGUCAGGAGAAGCAGCGAGAAGCUCUGUACCUUCGAGAGCACAGGCAGGAGCUGGUGGAGGAACUGGCCAAAACCAUCGUGCAGAAGAUCAUCACCCGGAGGAAGACGCUGACCAGGAUGCGGGAGGACUUCGACCAGGAGCUGUCACUGGACCCUGACCUUCCCCAUCACGGGUCGGACAACGAAGAAGUCGGGAGCUUCUCCAGAUACAGAGGAAGCCUCUGGAGGUCCGUCUCCGCCCUCUCUCUGAUGGACCCGCCCGCACCCACCCGCAUGAUGUCGGGGAACAAAAGUGGCGAUGCCUCGCUGUCGACUUGGACCAGCGUGGAUCGACUGGACAACUCAGGUUCUUCCUCCGUGCUCACGAGCCCUGACGGGAACUGGAUGGCUCUUCAGAACGCCCCGCUGUCCCGGCCCGGUCUGCUGAGCAAAAGUAAGAGUCAGCUCUACAACGCCCUCGAGAGAGAGUCCGAGGUGGUGUCGGCCUACGAGGUCAUGGACUCGGGCGAGGAGUCACACCCUCAGCAGAGCCGCUCCUGGGGCGCCGUGCUGCAAGAGAUCCACCGGCGAAUGACCAAGUCUGAGCCCCGGGACACAGACCACGGGGACCUGCCGCCGGCCGCGGCACGGAGAUCCGUCUUCGAUGUCUUCUCAGACUCGGAGGGGAACUGGAAGCCCGACAAGUCGCUGCUGUCCCUGUUCCAGAGGAAGGUGCCGGCAGAGAUCCGCCGGACGUCCUCCUCUCGCCGCACAAGCGUCAUCGACCUCAACUACAACCUGGACGCUGCUGAGGAGAGGCGCCCGGCCGCGGAGGCCGAGGUCACCAGAGUGUGGUCCAGUGGGAGCCAAGAAGAGCCCACCUCACUGUGGCAUGAAUCCACCAAACACAGCCGCCAUCUGUGCGACUCUGUGACUCCAGACACGCUAACAUCUGGAGCCUCGACCCCUGAACUCCGCGUCGAUGACCUCACAGAGCAGGCAGACGCUCAGACGGAGCCUGAGUUCACACUUCUGUCUGAAGACACUCUGGGAGAUGAAGAUGACAACGAUGAUGAUGAUGAUGAUGAAGAAGGACGAGAGGAUGCAGCUGAGGAGGUGCAGGUUGAGGAGCCGAGGAGCCACGAAGAAGUGGAGAUGCAGGUGGAUGAGGAGGAGGAGGAGGAGGAGGAAGAAGAAGAUGAUUAUGAAGAACCGGAUGAAGGUUUAGAUGAAGAAGUAGAGCAGAGAUUGUAUAAACUGGUGGCACAGUCCAGGCUCUCUUACUUUUCAUCCACUGAUGAUGAUCUGGAUGCUGCAGGAGAGAUUGAAGGAGACGCGUAUCUGGAGGAGAGAAUGGAUGGGGACAGUGAGGAGGAAGAGGAAGACGUGGAGGAGGAAGAGGAGUUUACUUUCAAACUCUACCAGCUGGAAAAAGAGCUGCGAGUGACUCAGUUCUCCUCCACGGAGGACGAGCUGGACAGAGUUGGCAUGGAUGAGGAGGAGAGGAGUGAGCAGCUGGCCCUCAGGGUCUGCAGGUUGGCUGACCAGGUCAGCGCCACCCAGUUCUCCUCCACUGAAGAUGAGCUGGACCGCCUGGGUCAGGGGGAGGAGCCAUCAGAGGAGCAGCUCCUGCAGACGCUGUGGAGGCUGGAGGAGGAAACAGCAGCUCAGGCCACUCAGGUUCGAGACCUGGCCAGUCUGGUCAGCGCCUCGCAGUUCUCCUCCACCGACGACGAGCUGGACAGGGUCGGCGAGAACGAGGGAGUGAAGGAGGAGGAGGAGGAGGAGCAGAUCAGGAGGGAUUCCAUGGAAAUAGAUGAGCGAAUGUUUGAGCUGAGAGGAGACGAUGAUGUUGAGGAUGAAGAAGUUGGAGAGGCAGGAGAGAAGGCAGCAGGUGGGAGACUACAGGAGGAAGCUGUAAGAGAGAGGAGAGACACAGAAGAAGAGGCCGAGAGAGAAGAGACAAAUGGAGAGAGAGGAAAAACGGAAGAAGAGACGCAGAGAGAAGGAGACAGACAAAAUAAAGUGGGAGUAGGGAGAGGGGAGAAUGAAGAAGUGGUGGAAGGAGGAAAUGAAGGAGAAGCUGAAGGAAGCAAGGAAGAACAAGACAAGUACACAAAGAGAAAAGGUAAAGAAGGGAGGAGAAAACAGAUAGAAGGAAGUGAAAGAUGUGAGGAGGAAGUUGAGGCUCAGCUCACUUGUCUGGAAAAAGAUGUCAAAAUAAGUGAAGUGGACACUGUGGAAGACAGCGGAGAGGAAGGAGGAAGAAGAGUGAAGGAAGAGAGUGUGGAGGAUGCGAGAGCAGAUGAAGAGGAUAGAGAGGACCAGAUGGAGGAAGGGAGAGGACCAGAGACAGAAGGCCACACAAAAGUAGAGGAUGAGAGAGAUGAGAAGGAAAGAGAGAAACAAAGACAAGCUGAGGAGCACGGAGUUGGAGAAAGAAGAGACUUGGAAGAUGAGGAAUUGGAGAAAGAGAGGGAAGAGGAGCUUGAUGCAGAGAAACGAGGGAAGAUGGACGUGCCGAGCGCAGGAGAAGGGGAGGAGAACAAGAGUAAGGGAAGCUUUGAAAAAGAAGAUGGCAUGACUGAAAAGACAAGAGAAAAGGAUUUAAAUGGGGACAAGCCAAAGGAGGAGUCUACAAGAAAAGAAGAGGAGAAAAAACAUGUAGAAGCAGAGAGCAGAGAAGAUGAUGCCGGUGAGGAGAGUGAUGAAGACGAAAUAGAUCUGAUGAGAGGAACGACUGAUGAAGAGAUGGAACGUCAGCAGGAGGAAAGGGAUGUGAGAAGUGAGCGGGUGGAGAGUGAGAGAGAAAAGGAAGUGAAGAAUGAGGAUGGAGAUGAGCAGUUGCAGAAGACAGAAGUGAGAAGAGAGAUGGAAGAGAGUGAGACAGAGUUGUACCAAGCUUGGAGAACAGGUGACAAAGAAAAGGAAGAGAGGGGGGAAGUGGGGAUGAUGGAAGCCAAGGUUGAUAGUGGAGGGAAGGAACUGGAUGGAGAAAGAGGUGAGGAGGACGAAGGGACAGAUACGAAGGAUGGACAUUUAGAUGGAGUGAGAGAAGAGAAACUCCAGGGAGAAAUGAUUGACAGGCGAGAGAUUGUAAAGGAUGAAGAAAGUAGGAGUCAUGGAGAGAAUGAGGGAGGGGAGACAGUGAUGGAAGUGGAUGGAGAGAAUGGGAAAGAAAAUAUAGACGUGGUGAAAGUGAAAGAUGAUGGAGAGAAACUAGAGGAAAGAGUGGCAGAGAAUAAAGAAGAGGAUGAAGUGCAAGGUGGAGACACAAAAUCGAAUGGAGGGAGGGAAGAGAAAGGGGAGAGAGUUGCUUGUGCAGAAGGAAAGAUGGAAACGGUGGACAGAGAUGGAGUGAUGGCAGGAGAGGAAGAAAGUCAGAACGAGGAUGAUGAUGACCAGCCAGCUGGAGAGAAAGCGAUUGAAGGGAAAGAUGAGAAAAUGACAGUGGAUGGAGAGAAUGAGAAAGAAAAGGUGGACGUGGUGACAGAAGUGAAAGAUGAUGGAGAGAAACUAGAGGAGGACUUAAUGAAGGAGGUGAACAAUUGUUGGCUUGUCGAGUUGGAGCAGGAUGGCGAGAAGGAAAGAGUGAAUGAGAAAAAAGUAGCCUUAGAGGGAGAGAAUGGAGAAGAGGAUCAGAAAGAAAGACAAGCAAUGGUCAGACAGGAGGGGUGUGAUGGAGGGAGAACACUGGAGGCCAUGGCUGAACCAGAAAGAGCGAGCGACAGAGGGAGAGAGGAAAUGGAAGGAUCAAGAGAAGAGGAUGGAGGAAAUGAAGAGGUAAUGAACGAGAAGACAGUGGAGCCUGGAAGAGAAGGUGUGGAAGCAGGAGGAGGAAGAGCAGGGAGGGAAUCGGAGGAUGAGGAAGAAAGGAUGGACGGUGAAGACGCAGGAACUGAAGAAAUGAAAGACGGAUGGAGAGGAAAGAGAGAAGUGAAGGAUGACAGGGAGAGGAGGGAGGCGGUGAAAGAGAUGGAAGAAUUGACAGAGAUUGAUGCUGAACCAGGAGGACGGGAGGAAAUGGAAAACAAUGGGGAGAGAGGGAAAGGAAAGAAGAAGGAGGGGGUGGUGGAGAAAGAAGUGAUAAAAGAAACGACUGUUGAGCAAGGAAGAGGAGCGACAGAGGGAGGAAGAGGGGAAGAGGAAGGAGAGGAUCUAAAAGAGUUAGAUGAAGGAGAAGUGCAGCCUGAGAAAGAACGGAUGGAAGAGUUGGACGAGCAGAACGGAGAGGGAUGGAGAGCAGAGGAGGAAAGAGAGAGAGGGGAGGACGGAGGGAAGCUGUCAGAGGGAAGUUGGGAAGAAGAAGAGAGAGCUGGCGAAGAACAGGAGGAGGAGGGGCCGAGCACGCGGCCAGCCAGGAGCUGGGAGUCAGAGGGUGAUGAUGAUGAUGAUGAAGAGUUUGAAAGAGCCAUCAGCUGCAUGUUGACGAUGACGCUGGAGGACAUGCAGGUGAGAGAGGAUGGAGGGAUGGUGGAGGAGGGGAAAGAGAAGAGUGGAAGCGCCGCGGCGGAGGGAAGGAGCCCGUUCCUGCCGGCAGAGUCCAUGGAGUCCAAGCUCUCAGAACCGGAGCAGGUUCUGUUGGCUCUGAUGGAGCAGCGAUCCUCGGCGGCGUCUCUGCGCAGAGUCACCACGGAGGUUCUGAGGGUCCUGAACACGACAGAGGACCUGCUGCAGGACGGCGCGGCGCCUGGCCCCGCCCCCUCGCUGCCCCCCGACGCCGACCCCAGACAACUCAGCCAGGAGCUGUGCCAGCUGGAGGAGAAGGUGUACGUGGCAGCCGGGGCGGCGUUCGGCCUGGAGGCGGAGCUAGCUGACCUGGAGGAGCGUGCACGGAGGGUCAGCGGGGACACGCCCCACCUGGAGCUCUCCUUCCUGGAGGAGCAGGUGGCAUCCGCGGCCGCCAGAGUGCAACAGUCAGAGCUGCAGAUCAGCAACAUCUCCACGAGGAUCGCGGCGCUGAGGAGCGCCGGUCUGGACGUGGACCCGCAGUGGCGCCUCAGCAGGAGCAGGAACAUCCCGGUCAUGGUAGGAGUCAGAGCCAGGCCUGACCUCAGGGCGUCACAGCCACAGCCUCUGUGUCUUGCAGCCCACCGGACUGGACUCGUGGAGGCAGAGGAGGCGGCUCCCAGCGCCGCCGCUCAGCGCGCCACCCGCAGCUUCUGCCACCAGAGAGGACGAGCAGAGCUGACGCCUCCCGCCUGCCUUAGAUGGCCACACUAGAGUCUCCAUCCAAGUCUCCUCAACACCUUCUGUCACGUGUAGGAAACACGGCAGGAAUGUUCCCACAGCAGGAAGUGACACCUCCACGCCACAUUCCGUCCUGGAAGCUUCUGGACUGACACACAACAGAAAGAUUCUCCAGCAGUCAGCAGCUGUCUGGGCCCAGGAAGCGCUCCCUCUGGUCCGGAACCACGAAGCCCUCCUUCUGCUCACUCUCCCUCCUGUCGGCCAUCACGAAGCACUGCUUGGGGUCGAUGACCGCGGCGCCGUCUCCGUCCGCACCCGGGGCUUCCACCUCCGCGUACGCCGGGUGACGCGACCCUCGUUUGAAGGUCAUGGUGGGCCAGCGGGCCGGGCGACGCUGCGGCGAGACCAGAGCAGGAGUCACAGCACACACACACACACACACACACACACAGAGCCUGAGGAGGACUCACGCGCCCCCCACUGGCUUCCUGCCUGCAAACCUACGACCCGCGACGGGGAUCUGAAUCUUGCCCGAGCUCACUCUAGUGCCCUCUACUGUCUGGAAGAAUGAAGAUUAAAUCAAAGAUAGAUAAACAGUGAGGCACGUCUCUCCUCACAAACAUGGCUCUUUGUUCACGUUUCUUUUCCAGUGAUGUUUUUUUUAACUUGAAUAGUUUCAAUGUUAAAGUGGUGACAGUUUUCCUCAGUGGCUCCCCCUGCUGGUGCUGGUCCCACAUGUUUUUAAAACACAGUGAACCACACUCGAGCGUGACUCACCUCCAUGAAGAAGAUGCUGGUGCUGGACGUGGGAUGAUGGUACAUGUAGAGGGACAGGAGGAGGCCG